AUGGAGGGAGUGGGGGACUACUUGGACGACAAGGGCGUGGAGGACUACGACUUUGAGCCUGUGCAGGACACGGACGGCGAGAUGGCCUUCCACCUCCUCGUCAACCGCGUGUGGCUCGGCGGCAUCGAGGACGAGGUGUGGGAUAUCCUGCACGGCCUCAUCCCGGACUUUGACGGCACUGGUGGUGGAGAUUGUCUCGCUCUCCAGCCGGGUCCCCUCCUUUCGACCGUGUACCAGUUCACUGAACGCCUACGCGCACACUCGAUCCGCCCAGUCCACGUCGACCUCAAGGCACUCCUCGACUCCGCCUGUGGCCCAGCCAACUACUACCUUCGCUGGGAAUUCGGGACGGAGCACUUGGUCCGCUGUCUCGUGUUCACCAAGGAGUACGACCACGCACGGGACUUUCAGAUCGUGGAGAUUCUCGAGGACGCUUUCAGGACUGA